GUACCAGCUGGAGCUUGCGCGCACAUUCUCUACUAUAAAUACAUGCUCAGACUCAAAGAAGCGCAUUCUCGCCUAUCCAGUGGAGAAACAUGUUUAAAUCUGUUCUAUUGACUUGCUUUGUGGCUGCUGCCAGUGCUAAGGCUCAGUUGGGAUAUGCUUAUGGAGCCUACCCCUAUGCUGCUGCCUAUGGAGCUUAUCCUUAUGCUGCUGCCGUUCCCUUCGGAUCCAGCACCGGUUUAGACCCAAUCACCCAGGGACUUGACCCCGUCACCCAAGGAGUAGCUGUCCCCGCCGUCCACUAUCUUGGCAAGAGGUCUGCUGAUGCUGAUGCUGAUGCCCAGUACGCUCUUGCCUAUGGAGCAUACCCCUAUGCUGCUGCUUAUGGAGCUUAUCCUUAUGCUGCCGCCUAUGGAGCUUAUCCUUAUGCUGCCGCUGUUCCCUUCGGAUCCAGCACUGGCCUUGAUCCCAUCACCCAGGGACUUGACCCCGUCACCCAAGGAGUAGCUGUCCCCGCCGUCCACUAUCUUGGCAAGAGGUCUGCUGAUGCUGAUGCCGAUGCCUACUACGGUCUUACCUAUGGAGCAUACCCCUAUGCCUCAUAUGCCCAUGGAGCUUACCCCUAUGCUGCUGCUUAUGGAGCUUAUCCUUAUGCUGCUGCUUAUGGAGCUUAUCCUUAUGCUGCUGCCGUUCCCUUCGGAUCCAGCACUGGUCUUGAUCCUAUCACCCAGGGACUUGACCCCGUCACCCAAGGAGUUGCUGUCCCUGCCUACGGUUAUGCCUAUGGCAAGUAAGUCAUGAGAACAGUAUUUAUAAAAUUUUGUUUAUUGUUAUCCACACACUGAUAGGUUAAUUCAGUGCCAUUAUGUAAAGUCAGUCAGACAAUGUAAUGUGUAGGAAUUAUGAGAGAAUAAAUCUAUGAAUUCA